AUGUACAAGAGGUAUGACAAGGACCAUGAACAGCUGGUUACGGAGCAUAAGGAGUUUGUCAUCGUCCAGCCAAGGCUAAUAAUAUCGCUUUCAAAUCUUUCCUUUCAGUUACUUGCAGCAAUCAGGAACAUCUCUGGACUCACAGUCAAAGUAGUUGAUUACAAUGGGCAGAAUCCCUUCCUCAACCAGCUCAACAGCACCCAUAAUUCAGAUAUUUUCGUUGGAAUGCACGGUGCCGGGCUCACUCAUUUGUUGUUCUUGCCUGACUGGGCAGCGAUUAUGGAACUAUAUAACUGCGAUGACCGCGACUGCUAUAAAGAUCUAGCACGACUUCGAGGAGUGAAAUAUUUUACAUGGUCGCCUGGCAAGGAACAUCUGGUCUAUCCUGAGGACGCUGGCCAACAUCCUAGCACUGGUGCAGCGCAUAAGAAGUUCACCAAUUACCGAUUCGACCCUACAGAAUUCAAGCGGCAGGUUAUUCUGAUGGUGGAAUACGUACGACGACAUCCGAAAUUUGUACAGGAGAGGAGAAUAUUGCGAAGGGCUCGAAGAAAUGAAGAGCUUUGA